CAUCGAGUAUCAGUCUCGUGUAAGGGACAUUUCGAUCUAGUGACACUUUUCGGUUUGUUUCGGAAGACCUCAGAUAUUCAUCAGACGAAUUUUAAACAAAUAUCCUCUAUAUAUUCUAUAAUAUAGAUAUUCUAUAUAGAGUAGAAUAAUAUCCAAAACCAGAACACACGACCCAUCCAAAUUAAACGUCCAUGAUGCAUUUGAAUGCGCCCUAUCACAGGGUCUUCGAUACGAUUCCCUACGAUCUCCCGCCCUGGGUGGACACCACCUUCAGUCAUCGCUCGCCCUUGUGGGCGGGGCCAGUUCAGGUUUCCGGUUCCGGUUCCGGUUCCGGCAGUAAUGGUAUCAAUAAUGGUAGUCCUGGAUCAACUUCCUCGUCUUCAAGCACCACCAGCACCAUUAGCAUCUCAAGCUCAUCGAGUGGCUACCUCACUGGAUCAAUUUCAGAGUCGAUAUCCAGUUCAUAUUUCCGGCAGGAUGACCAGGAGGGUGGACAUGUCCUGUGGUCGGCCUGGUGCUCUGGUGGCGAGGAACCGGAGGAUCUGCCACGUACGGAUCCGGAAUAUAUUAGACCAGGGAUACUGGAGACGGCAAUGGCGCCUCCUUUCAGUGUUUGGCAGAUACGAGCCAUGGAACGUUUAAGGGAACUCUUGGAGGGCAAUCUCAUUGGCGCGGACGCCAAAUGGAUGCUGUUCGUCACCUCGGUGAUGAGCUAUCGCAGCAGCAGCCUGCUCCGCUCCUGUGCCCCGCCCACAGUGCGUCCGCCCCUGGACGGACGGCAGCUUGACGCCUUGACCCUGGCGGUUAGCAAUCUGCCGGAUAUGCUGCAGCUCCAGCGCCAACUGAAGUCCAAUCACAUGCACUGGGGACCGCUGCCGGACGAGCAGGUGGCCCUGCUCCACUGGGUGCUGAUCGAGAGCGGUACGCCCUCCCUCCGUCCGCUCCUGAGUCAUGAGCGGCAGCGCCUGUGGACGGAACUGGGCCAGCGGCCGACGGGCACGCCCAGUCUGGUGUUCCAGGUGGUGGGCGGCGGCGGGCAGGACACCCAGGGCCAGGAGACCGGCGCCAAUGAGGCGAUCUGCUCCGUCUAUGGCAUCUCCUCGUCGUCGUGGCUCUUCUAUUCGGGCGAGAUGGACGCCCUGUAUCCGAUGAUCUGUGUUCCGGAGGAUCCGGGCCAGGAGGAGCUCCAGUUGCAGCAGGACCUGAGGCGGGCCUGCGAUCGGGCUCCGGUCUGCGCCUGCUGGGGCCAGUCGCUGUGCGGCUCCUUGCUGCGCUGCGUCGCCAUCUGCCAGAUCCGACAGGCCAAGCUCCAGGUGUGCUAUCUACUCAUCUACACGGUGUCCGUAUCCCAGAGACCCAAUCUCCGCGAGAUGAUGGUCGAAUGGCAGCAGCAAGGCAUCCUCCAGCCGGGACGCUCUCAUAACGAGGGCGGCCAUCCUGGGAGGACCAAGGAUUCUCUGGCCAAGGGGCCAUUUUGGCGCAUCGGUUGGAGCAGCCUGCUGAAGCAUGUGGGCUUGGCUCUCAACAUCCUCUCCAGCGGACGCAGCUGGUAGGCAGGAUGCCCCUUUUCAGCCUGCUCCUUGCAACCAAAAUUGUUUAUCUGUUUCACGAAGUUUCACGAAGCUGGCGUUGCUUCUCGAAUAUAAAUAAUCGAAAUGCAUAUUAAACGCUUGAAUUAAGCCAAGGCAGAGUGCUUUGGUCCUUUCA